AUGAGCUGUGGCUCCAAGCAGACCUCUAAAAGCUGCCUGCGAGGGAGCAGUGGUGGCAGUGCUAGCAGUGGUGGUGGUGGAGGGGGCAGUAGGUAUUCCUCUGCCUCCUCAAGAAGAAUCACUUCUAGGACAAGUGGUGGUGGCAGGAUGUCUGGCAGCAGUUGUGGCGGAGGAAGUUCCAGGAGCAGCUAUGGUGGGGGAGCUAGUAGGGGAAUGAGUGGUGGUUAUUAUGGAGGGGGAAUGAGUGGUGGUGGUUAUGGAGGGGGAAUGGGCUGUGGCAGCAUGGGAGUAGGCUUUGGAUCACAUGGGAGUGGGGUUGGUGGUGGUUAUGGAGGAAGCUUUGGUGGAGGUGGUGCUGGUGGCAGCUUUGGCAUUGGUGGCUUUCGUGGAGGCGAUGUCGGAAUUCUCUCCAACGACGAAAAGCUGACCAUGCAGAGUCUUAAUGAACGCCUGGCUUCUUACCUGGAUACGGUCAGAAAUUUGGAAAUGGAAAAUGCUCAGCUUGAACAGUUAAUCAGGGAGUGGUACCAGAAGCAAGGUCCUACUGGUACAAAGGACUACAGCCACUAUUACGGAAAAAUUGAAGACCUUCAAAAUCAGCUUGUGACUGCGGCUGUGGAAACCAACAGGGUACUUUUGGACCUGGAUAACACAAGGAUGACUGCAGAAGACUUCAGGAUAAAGUACGAGACGGAAUAUGGUCUCCGGCAGAAUGUGGAGGCUGACAUUAACAGCUUGCGACCCUUGUUGGAUAAUCUGACUCUGAGCAGGUCUGACCUGGAAAUGCAAUUUGAGUCUCUAAAGGAGGAGAUGAUUGACCUCAAGAAGAACCAUGAGGAGGAAAUGAAAUUGCUGCAAACACAGUCCAGUGGUGAUGUGAAUGUGGAGGUGAAUGCUGCUCCAGGAGAGGAUCUGCUGAAAAAACUGAAUGAUAUGAGACAAGAAUAUGAAAAUAUUAUUCAGAAAAACCGUGAAGAGGUUGAAAGGUGGUAUGAAAGCAAGAUGGAGGAAGUGAGUCAACAAGUCCACUCAAGUGGCCAGGAAGUGGAAUCAAGCAACCAACAGAUCUCUGUGCUGAGGCGUGACUAUCAGAGCCUGGAGAUUGAGCUGCAGUCGCAAAUCAGCAUGGUACAGUCUUUGCAAUCCAACUUGGAAGACACAGAACGUCGCUACAACAUGCAGCUGCAGCAGAUCCAGGGUAUGAUCGGCCCCUUGGAGGAGGAGCUGGCCAGCAUCCGCUGUGAGAUGGAGAGUCAGAAUGAAGAGUACAAGAUGCUCCUGGGCAUCAAGACCCGCCUGGAACAGGAGAUUGCUCAGUACCGGACACUGCUUGAGGGAGGGCAGCAUGAUAUUAGCAUCUCACAGGGAGGAGCUGGUGGUGGAUCUUUAGGAGGAGGAGGUCAUGGAGGAACUAGCUGGUCUUCUGGAAGAGGAAGUAGUGGAGGAGGAAGUAGCUGGUCCUCAGGUGGAGGAAGCAGUGGAGGAAGAAUUGGAGAAUCCUAUGGAAGAACUUCCUCUUCUGGAGGUGGAGGAGGAGGGAGCGGAGGUAAAACUUCAGGUGGAGGAGGUGGCUGUGGUGGAGGAGGAGGGGGCAAAUCCUGCCUCUCCCACUCUUCAUCUUCCCAGUCCCAGUCUGGCAACUCUUGUGAAAGCCAAGUUCCAGGAGGUGCUGAAAACAUGAAGCUCUGUCUGGAAGGGAAUAAAACAUUGGAGAGAGGAGCAACAAUGGAGGAAGUGUCCAAAGCCAUAAAAACAAUGAGAUUGGGGAGUUUUAGAAAGUCUGAGGACUGA